AUGGCCAGUUUAGACGAUACGAUAAUUUCACGUCAGAAUUUGAUGUUGCUGGACAACGUCACGAAUUAUAGAAAACCUGCAUUGGAUUACUUCCACCACCAGUUCAAUAGUGAUGCCUUGGAAAUGCCCAUGACCUGGACGCUACUACUGAAGAUGAGGAAGCACAAGCUGCUGAGAUUGCCCAGUUGUGCUAUUGAGAACGAUGCUGAUUACAACACUUAUUUAAUGAGGCUGCAUCAUUGCUUGUGGAGACGUUGGUCGAUGGAGCAUUUCAAACUGGAAAAACUGAAGAUAGAUCCGCUUUCGAUAAAUUGGAACAAAGAAACUGACAUCACCGUGUUAUAUGGGCCGGACCUUACGGGUGUGAUGGACGAAGAACCUGAGACGUCAGAAGAUACAUGCUCAGUGAAAGGUACUCAAGUAGAGAGGCAGUGCUCAACGGACUCAGAAGAAGAAGAAUUAAUUGGCGGCGGGGCCCGUGCAUACACGUACUCAUCGUCCGUUGAUUCACAUGCAUCUUCCAUCUUUGAUGAUAACACUUGCAUGAAAAUGCAUAGCAAUUCGAGUACCAAGUCGUUAAAAUUUAGCAAUACGGUGCUGAGGAGAGACAUCGAUCGCCAUGGAGCUUUUCAAGAAACACAUAUACAGAUCAAUGACGCUCCAGAGAUGCCACGCCACUUGCGUCGCCACAGAAAGAGCCACCGCAGGCAUCGUUCUCGUAGUCGCCGCCAUCAUGACGACGAGACCUACGGCAAUGGAAUUUUCGCGGAUGAAUUUAUAAGCCACUCAGCGCCGUUAAACGAUGAUGAGCUGCUGUUGGAGAUGAACAUUUGCAAUUUGCGGGAUCAAGAACUUUAUAUUUAA